AUGGAAGAUGACGAUUUGGAUGCGCUAAUAAUCAACUACUAUUAUGCGAUCUAUGGAAUAGUUUCCGUUUCUACCAAUAUCCUGCUUAUUUUCCUCGUCAAAUACAGGAGCCCACACAGUCUGCAGAGCUUCAGGAUGCUCUUGAUUAAUACAGCUGUGAAUCAAAUGAUUGUGGCGUUAGUUGAGACUUUCCUCCAAGCAAGAUUGCUCCCAUCAGAUGAUGUACUAGCUUUGCUUCCUGUUGGACCAUGCCGCCAUUUUGGACCAAUGACUUGCUAUGUUGCCUACAAUGUUGUAAAUGCUGCGAACAUGAACGUUGCAAUAUCCGUGCUCCACUCGAUGUACUUUCGUUAUCGCUUGAUCAAGACCUCCCAUCUCUCCACAAGGCAGGUGCAGAUAAAUCUGCUAAUCUCCUCCAUCUUACCACUGCUAAUUUUGGUGAGUUCUGAAUCCAGUGUUUAGCG